CACAGGCCACCUGUCUCGGACUAUUUACCGGACACACACCGCUGGAAAAACAACAACUCCCGGAGCUCCAGUGAAAUUAUUUUACACUGAACAUUUUGAGGAGUUUUUCUUUGACUGACUUCAGAUCGGUUGUAUGCUGAUGUUUUGCUGGGAGGGAUCUUUAAUUUCAAACGUUUGCAAGAGGAAACUGGAGUUUUGCUUUCUGGGAGGAAACCUGCGACUUCACCAACCCCUGGAUGAAACAAACCUGAGCCUAAACCUGAUGUAAUACUCCUAGCAGAUCACAGGAAUCAUCGUAACUUUGUCGGUAAGAGAGGAGGAAACUUUUUUUUAUUAACUUGACCUCCAACACCUCCGCGUCUCGUCCCGGGGACAGACAGCCAGCCAGCCAGCCCUGCCCGCCGUCCAUGCACCAUGAAGCGGCCAUGUGAGGACAGCAGCUCGGCGGAGAGUGACGUAGAGGAGACCAUCGAUGUGGGCAGUGAGAACAUUUAUCCAGGGCACAUGAAAGCAUCCUUUAUAAGAUGUGGAUCACCGACGACAACCACUCAGGUGAUGGCGAGGAAAAAACGCAGAGGGAUUAUUGAGAAGAGACGCAGAGACAGAAUCAACAACAGUUUGUCAGAGUUGCGGAGACUCGUCCCCACGGCGUUUGAGAAGCAGGGUUCUGCUAAACUGGAGAAGGCAGAAAUCCUCCAGAUGACCGUGGACCACCUGAAGAUGCUGCAGGCCACAGGAGGGAAAGGUUAUUUUGAUGCCCACGCUCUGGCCCUGGAUUUCCUGUCUCUGGGUUUCCGGGAGUGUGUGACGGAGGUUUCCCGCUACCUGAGCGCCGUGGAGGGCCUAGACUCCAGCGACCCCCUGCGCUCCAGCCUCCUCUCACACCUCACCUCCUGCGCCUCACAACGUGACGCCGCCGCCCUGACAGCUGCCUCCCAUUCUCCGCACCACCACCAUCAGCACCACCAGCAGCAGCCUCACCCUUUACAUCACCCCUUCCACCCCCAUCACUGGGCUGCUGCAGCCGCCGCAGUCGCCACCGCGGCUGCUUUUCGACACCUACCAACCGCUGCUGCAUCAUAUGGACUGAGCGCGCUUCCUGUUCCUCCAGAUGCUGGAGGAGGUGGAGCCCCCCAAAGGCUGGCCGAGCUAUCGCAGCGCAGCGUGGCCUCCUCCUACUCCUCCCACGCAGACUCCACCUCAUCCUCCUCUCCUUCUUCCUCCUCCUCCUCCUCCUCCUCUUCCUCGUCUCUUGUGCUCCCCUGUGCCCCCGCCCCUCUCUCCACCUCCCUCCUCUCCCUCUCGGCCUCGUUUCCCAUCGCCCUCCACGGAGGUUUCCCCAUCUUCCCUCCCUCCUCCUUCACCUCCACCUCCACCACCAGUCCUCCCAUCUCCUCCUCCUCUUCCUCCCACACUCCUCACAGCAGCAGCAGUAAACCCUACAGACCGUGGGGCACCGAGGUUGGAGUUUUCUGACUGACUAACCUCUGACCACCUGGAAAACACUUUUGUCACCAGCCAACAAAACACUUACAAACCAUGUUUUACUGAUUGAACUGGUUUUAACUUGUUAACCUCUGACAUGUCUCUGACUGUUUUCACCUGCUGAUUCUAACAAAAAAAUUACUUCUGCCCAGAGAAAAGAAAUCAAUCUUUCCUGAACUGUUUUAACAUCAUAUACCAACAUCAGCUGUUUAAUUUACACUUGAACAAAAUUGAACUCACUCUUGUUAAAUGUUUGCUGUCAUGAAACUAAAACCUGUGCAAAUUACGUAUUUAUUAUUGUUUAAAGCUCCAUAUUUUCCUCUUCUUCUGUGUUUUAUUUGAAGUGUUGAUCCAUAAGAAUA